CCUUUUUCUCAGAAAAUGUUGGUGAUGUAUCAUUAUCGACACGUUAUACAUUCCUAAUGCUGGACCUUCGUCACAUCAUCUCGUUUUUCCUCAAUCAGCAAUACGCCUAUUUGAAAAAUAUUCGUUUAUGCGCGAACAUGCUCGUGAAAGGACUGUACACGAGCGACACUGAAUACGAACCAGGACUCACAAUCAACGAAGCCAGAAGACUGGGGCUAAUGACGACUGGCUACGUACCAGUACCACGUGACAUGGCAUUCCACGUGCCCAAAGGUAUGGACUGGCACGAGUUGUAUGACGUCAUAAAAUUUCCCGGGAAAAGCAAACCUAUGAAGAAGGGGAUCAUUCGUAAUGAUGGAAUGGAUUUAAAAGUAGUGACCGACGACUACAAGAAACAAGAACAAACGCAACAGGAUGCAUUGUCUUCAAGGCUUGCAUUGGUGGAAAAGCUGGCCUCUAAUCAAUCUUCUGCAAAGCGACGUCAAGUAGUAGCAACGCACGUGCCACCAGUGGGUCUGAACAUCCCUGUUGGUCUCCAAGCUCAAGAUCACCUUGAUACGCAAGUGUACGCUUACAAAUCGAGGAAAAUAUCGAUACUUUAUCAUCAAAGACAUUCGACAAGGAAAGAGGGAGAGACUCUUAAGUCGGCGUUCAAUAAAGAGUUUGAAACCAGAUCCGAUUUUGAAAUUGAAACAUAUUGUUGGCUACGGUGGACGAAUUUCAAGGAAUUAUUUUGGACAAAGAAUGGCGCAUGCGUCGUGUAUCCAUGUCAUGCCGUGAUUGUUUCCAUGGAGAUAUCUACGGGGCAUCAACGAUUCUUCAUUGGUCACACCGACAAGGUCAAUUUUGCUUCUUAUUAUUGGGCAAUCAUGGAUGUACUUGGGAUCUGCUAUUAUGUUCGCAAUCUGUUCGCUUAA